GUGAGCGGGCGGCGGGGGACCGCGGGGGGCGGCGGGCAGGGCGAGAUGUGGCUGAAGCCCGAGGAGGUGCUACUGAAGAACGCCCUUAAGCUCUGGGUCACCCAGAAGAGCAGCGGCUACUUCGUCCUGCAGCGGCGGCGGGGGCACGGCGACGGCGGCGGGCGCUUCACCGGUCGCUUGGUGGGUGCCCUGGAUGCUGUUCUGGAUUCCAAUGCACGUGUUGCUCCCUUCAGAAUCUUACUGCAAGUCCCAGGCUCACAGGUUUACUCUGCCAUUGCAUGUGGUGCCACUGCCGAGGAGAUAAAUCAGCACUGGGAAUGGCUGGAACAAAACUUGCUCCAUACUUUGUCUGUUUUUGACAAUAAAGAAGAUAUUGUUAGUUUUGUCAAGGGGAAAGUAAAGGCACUGAUUGCAGAGGAAACAAGCAGUAAGCUCGCUGAGCAGGAGGAAGACCCUGAAAAGUUCCGAGAAGCCCUGGUGAAAUUUGAGUCCAGAUUUAAUUUUCCUGAAGCAGAGAAGCUGAUCACCUAUUAUUCUUGUUGCUGUUGGAAAGGAAAAGUUCCUCGGCAAGGCUGGCUUUAUUUGAGUAUCAAUCAUCUCUGUUUUUAUUCCUUCUUCCUGGGCAAAGAAUUGAAACUCAUCAUUCCUUGGGUUGAGGUCCAGAAGCUGGAGAGAACCUCCAAUGUCUUCAUGACUGACACGGUCCGUGUCACCACACCAAAUAAAGAGCGUGAUUUCUCCACGUUCCUCAAUAUCGCUGAGGCAUUCCGGAUCAUGGAGCAGCUGGCAGAUGUAACUCUUCGAAGGCUACUGGAUAACGAGAUCUUUGAGCUGGAUCCAGGCUUACAGGAUCCUACUCAGAUUACCAAGAGGGAUCUUGAAGCCAGAGCACAGAAUGAAUUCUUUCGGGCCUUCUUCAGAUUGCCUAGGAAGGAGAAGCUACACGAAGUUGUAGACUGUUCUCUCUGGACACCAUUCAGCCGCUGUCACACAGUGGGAAGGAUGUAUACUUCAGACAGUUAUAUCUGUUUUGCCAGCAAGGAAAAUGGCUCCUGCAAUGUUAUCAUCCCACUUAGAGAGGUAAUCAGUAUAGAGAAGAUGGAGGACACAAGUCUUCUUCCUAAUCCCAUCAUUGUUAGCAUAAGGAGCAAGACUGCCUUUCAGUUCAUUGAACUGAAGGAACGGGAUGCUUUGGUGGAGAACCUGCUCCAGAGGCUAAAAGAAGUGAAUUCCAGCAACCCAGUGCACUGUAACAACCUGCAAUGUAAGAACCAGAACGCUCCUGUGUUCACAUCUGCAUGUGUGCUCGAGGGCUGUAAGCCUGGCAGUCCAGGAAUGGAGGCUGCCCAAAGCAAGGACAGAAGCGAAUGCGACAAGGAGAGCAGUUACUCGCUCAAUGCUGAAGCACUGAGGUCAGACUUUCAUCAGUCAGGAAUGGCAGGCCUUGAUUUUGGAAAGAUACCUUCUUGUUCGCAGUCUAGGGAGCAAAUCAAAGAGAGUCUAUGGGAUGACCAUUUUGUGGAGUAUGGCAGAACUGUGUGCAUGUUUCGCACAGAGAAGAUCAGAAAACUUGUUGCUAUGGGAAUCCCUGAAUCCUUAAGAGGCAAACUGUGGCUGCUCUUUUCAGACGCUGUGACAGAUCUCGCCUCUCAUCCUGGUUACUACGUACACUUAGUGGAGGCCUCCAUGGGCAAGUGUUGUAUAGUGACAGAGGAGAUUGAGCGUGACCUCCACCGCUCGCUGCCUGAGCACCCUGCCUUCCAGAGCGAGACGGGGAUAGCGGCUCUCAGGAGGGUGCUGACUGCGUAUGCGCACAGAAACCCCAAAAUAGGAUACUGCCAGUCUAUGAAUAUUUUGACCUCCGUCUUACUGUUAUAUGCCAAAGAGGAAGAAGCCUUUUGGCUGUUGGUUGCUGUGUGUGAACGAAUGCUUCCAGAUUACUUCAACCACCGAGUGAUAGGUGCUCAGGUAGACCAGUCGGUGUUUGAAGAGCUUAUAAAAGAGCAGCUUCCAGAACUGGCCGAACAUAUGAAGGACCUGACUACCUUAGCUUCCAUUUCUCUUUCAUGGUUCCUCACCCUUUUUCUUAGCAUUAUGCCUCUAGAAAGUGCUGUGAAUGUCGUAGACUGCUUUUUCUAUGAUGGGAUCAAAGCCAUCUUCCAGCUAGGCUUGGCCAUACUUGAAGCCAAUGCAGUGGACUUGUGUAACAGCAAAGAUGAUGGACAGGCCCUGAUGAUUCUGAGCAGGUUCUUAGAGCACGUAAAAAAUGAGGAGAGCCCUCUGCCACCUAUUGGUAAUCACCAUGCAUUUUUCAGCGAUGAUCAGGAAGCCACUCCAGUGACUGAAAUAGCUAAUCUCAUUCAUGAUUCUUACGAGAAAUUUGGAGAUCACUCUGUGGAACAGAUAGAGCAUAUGCGCUACAAACACAGAAUCCGUGUUCUGCAAAGCCACGAAGACACAACCAAGCAAAAUGUGCUUCGAGUUGUCAUCCCAGAUGUUUCCAUUCUUCCUGAAGAUUUAGAGGAAUUGUAUGACCUGUUCAAGAGGGAACAUCUAAUAAGAUGCUACUGGGACACGGCAGGGCCUGCUGCUGAGCGACACGACCCCAGCAGGCCAUACGCCGAGCAGUACCGGAUUGAUGCGCAGCAGUUUACUAACCUCUACAAGCUCGUUUCACCCUGGACGUGUGGGGAACACACCGACAUCCUCGCUGAGAGGACAUUCCGGCUUCUAGAUGACAAUAUGGACCACCUCAUUGAAUUCAAGGGGCUUGCCAGCUGCCUAGAUGUCAUGUAUAAUGGAGAAAUGAAUGAAAAGAUAAAGUUCCUGUAUAAGCUGCACAUCCCACCUGCUCUCACAGAAGAUGAAAGAGACAGCCAGUCACCACUGAAGAAUCCUUUGCUGUCAACUUCAAGACCAUUAGUCAUUGGGAAAUCAAACGGAGAUGCAGUAGAUUACCAAAAGCAAUUGAAACAGAUGUUGAAGGACCUAGCCAAAGAAAAGGAUACUAAAACUGAAAAAGAACUGCCAAAAAUGAGCCAGAGAGAAUUCAUUCAGUUCUGCAAAACCUUGUACAGCAUGUUUCACGAAGAUCCAGAGGAGAAUGACUUAUAUCAAGCCAUUGCCACUGUGACCACCCUGUUACUUCAGAUUGGAGAAGUAGGACAAAGGAGCAUCAGCCUGGGGAGCGGAUCGGAUGAAUUCAGUGAGGACCUGCAGGCUCAGGCCUCUGCUUCAGACCAUGAUGCUGUUUUUAGUGACACUGUGAAGACCCUUCACAGAGACUCUCAGUCUUCACCUGUGACUGAAGGGGACUGGACGGUCUCUUUUGAACACAUUUUAGCAUCCCUCUUAACUGAACAGUCAUUAGUUAAUUUCUUUGAAAAACCCCUAGAGCUAAAACCAAAACUUGAGAACGCAAAGCUGAAUCAGUAUAGUCUCAAAACAAAUGGAAUGAGCUGCCAGUCACGGAGCGAACAUACAAAACUAAACACACAGUAGCAACAAACCUAUCAAAAAGAACAUGCACUGAAAUUAUGCCAAAGCACAUACUGUACAAUGCUUUCAGUCAGCAGUGGACUUCUGAUAAACAAUUUGUUAGUUUGUGGUUUUCAGUUUAAGAGUUUUAAAACAAAAGGGUGUGUAAGUAAGUCAUUUUGUGCCAUCCACCGAAUGUUAAAAGGAAACAUCUGUCUACAGGAUGAAGAUACUGAAGUCCUCUUCCAUACUGGGAGAGCAGAGGCUGGCUCCUGUUGCCCCCCCCCUUUUUUUUCAAAAGGAAAAAAAAAACAACAAAAAAAACCAGGAAAACUAUUCAGCUACUGUCUGCAGUUUGUUUAGGUUGCCUUUUUUGCACUAAUAACUGAAAACUGUUUCAAUGCUGGUAAUUGAAACUAUUUUAAUAUAUUUGAUUGUAUUCCAAUUUGUAUGUCUUGCUGAAAAGUUAAGUGUACAUGGACUGUGCUUUUGAUGUUGGUCUCUGACAGUAUGCACUUUUCAAUAAACCCUUUUUGUACUAAA